CACUACGCCGAGAAGUACUACAACCGGCUCGACGUGCAGAGGGCCAUGCACGCCAACACCACCAGGAUACCCUACAGAUGGACCGCCUGCAGUGAUGUGCUCAUCAAGACAUGGAACGACUCCGAGUUGUCGAUGCUGCCCACGUACAGGAUGCUGAUCAAGGCUGGGAUUAGGAUAUGGGUGUUCAGCGGCGACACGGACUCGGUUGUCCCGGUGACAGCGACCAGGUUUUCACUCAGCCACCUUGGUCUCAAGACUAAGAUCCGCUGGUACCCAUGGUACUCAGCCGGUCAGGUAGGAGGGUGGUCUGAGGUGUAUGAAGGGCUGACAUUUGCGUCGGUGAGAGGCGCGGGGCACGAGGUGCCAUUGUUCCAGCCAAGGAGGGCGUUCAGAAUGUUCGUGUCAUUCCUGUCUGGGAAGCCACUGCCCAAAUCCUGA